AUGCUAAAAGUUGCGUUUGGUGAGAGAGGUGUUAUGGUCUUGCAUGAUAAGAAGAAACGUCGAAAGAAGAAAUCGAAAGACAAAUCAUCGGAUUCGGGAACUACGCAUGGGUUAACGAAACCAGAGAAGGCGCCAGACCAGGAUAAACAGUCGAGAAGUAAAUCAGAUCAAGGACUCCCACAUGAUAUAGCCAAACAAAUCAAGAAGAGCAAAGAAUCAAGAAGUAAAUCGGAAUCCGGAAAAGGACAAGAAAAGGGAAAACCGCUGACCAUUCAGCAACUUGCACCGAACAACAUUUUCCCGUUCUCAAUGGCUGAAUUGGAACGGCAACAGGUGAAGGAAUUCAAUAUGUUCAUCGAUAAGCUGGCGAUGAAGGAUAAAAAACCUGGCAAAUCUCCGUCAUCAUUGGCGUCAACGUUGAUUUAG